AUGGAGGAAGGUUCAGUGAGGUCAGUAGCUCAUGUCAAGAUUUAUGCCAUUGAGUUAAGUGAUUCAGCAGACACAGCGCGCGGCCAUUGCUCAGCGGCGCGCGCAAAGCUCCCUCGCUGCGCUGCCCCAAACGGCCGGAAGGGGGCGCCAGAACUCGCCGUAACGGACCAACCGACGCCGCCGACCCAGAGGGACCAGCCUCCCGGUCUAGCGCGGCGGACUUCGGCGCCGCAUCCACCCGGGCAACUUGGGCUUAGCUGUCCGCUGGAACCCCGGCCCGGGCGAGGAGCCCCGGGGCCGCGGGAACUGCGAGUAAACUCUUCCAUUUGGCGCCUUACUGCGUCGGGGCAGCUCUGCCGGGCUUUGCACGGAGCCUUUCAUUUUCUAGACCUGCCCCUGCCGGGAUUCUCUCCUUUAUCGGAGAAUAUUUUAGCCAGACCGGUUUACAAAAGUGCCCAUUCAUUCGGGGAUUGCCCGCUGGAAAUCAGAGCGUGCAGUGGUAUGUGUUCGGAUUCAGGAUUAUUUCUGGAAAGCAAGACAAGAAUUCAGGGGAAGGGUAAACGCAUCUACAAUCUGGACACGAAUCUACAAAAUUUGGGGACCCUCCAGUGGAAUGACUUGGGAACAAGACCAGUGGAGCUGAGACUUAUUGCGUCAACACAGAAGCAGGAAGGAAAAGCUGGAGCCUGAAAGGAUAAUGUUCUCCUGCCGAAUGCCAGGCACUCCCUGGAUUAACCUAAAUAUUGCUGUUCAGUGAGGCUCAGGUCUACAAUCACAGAGGAGGUCAGUUCCCAGAACCGGGCCUUCUCAGAAAAGAAUGACUUCAGAGGGGAGCUUCUUCGGAGGACUGUGAGGCCUGGGACACUUCUCCUAAUGCCUAUUCUGCCCACUCGUGGGAACCGAACUGUGAUUGAUUUGGGGCCACGGAUCUUGCCCACUAGGUGGUGCUGUGAGAUGUAGUGGAAGGACUAUUGGUUUUGGAGGCAAAAUUUCUGUGUCCUGCUUUUGGACAUACUCCAAGUUGUCAACUUCCCUAAGCUUCAGAUUCCUCAUUUGAGAGAGUACGGGCUCAUUGUGAUGAUUACUUGGGACAAUGUGUGUGAAAGGACUUUAAAGUGACAUAGUGCAAAAUGUAGGUGAGCCUGACUAUUCUUGCCAUUGAACGUUUGACCUUGAAUCCUAAUCCCCGAGCAUUCAGAAUGUAAUCUUGAAAGGAUCCAUUCCUAAUGGAACAUUCUACUCAGCUUCCUACAAGGUCCUCCUUCACCUGAUGUGACCAGGCUUCUCUUUUCUCUGUUCGGAGCCCUCACUGCAAAGGCGCUAAUGUGGCAUUGGACCUACUUUCUCUUCAGAAAAGGUGAUUCAUCUCAUCUGUUAUUUCAGGCAUCCAUCUCCCUAGGUUACCUGUGAAAUUCCCGGGCCCCAAUGCAACCUAGAGUUGACAUGAGAGGGAGAACCAUAGGAAGAGGGACGUGAAAUCAAGCCUUGGCGUGGGGAUAAAAAGAAUAUCAUGAAGUCAGACGGGUGGGCAAAUGUGACCCUGCCAGCCUUGCCUGUCCCCAUCCUGAUUUUAAAUGCACAUUGUACCUCCUAUCUCUUGCAGAUACCUGCACAAGCUUCCUUUAGUGGGUAGCUUUCUGGACCAGUUACAGCAACAUCCUUUCUCUGAGGGACGGGUUAGAGCAACCAAGGAAGAAGACAUUGUUGUUUUCAGAAUCAGGAAGAUGGUUCUCAGGGUCACCUUUGAUAUCCAUUAAGGGGUAACUCUCUCUGGCCUCCACCUUCUGAUUGGACUAUACCACCCACUUUCCUUUCUUUCACCAUAUAACCAUUGUAUGCCUCUCUUUGAUCAGAGCCCCCUUUGUCACUGGAUCCCACAUUGUCAGGACAAUUUUUCAUCCCACCAUUUAACCUUUUUCCUUCUACACCAAGAAUGCACUCAGAUCCAGGACCCUAUUCCCAAUCCAGACCCUACUCUGUCUUUGGAACCCACCUCAUCCCCUGAUCCCGUUCUCUCUCAGGAUCUCCUCGAUUCCCAUAAUGUGAAACACCCUAUAGAUUCCAGUGGUCUCACUGGUUUUCGAAGGUUCCAAGUGAGGACCCAAAAAGUCUCAGCUGUGCAAAGCCUUGGACAAUGGCUCCAGCAUGUCUUUAGGAGUUUCCCCACAGCACAGCCAUGGAUCAGUCACGCUAUCCAUAAUCCCGCCCCACAUUCUGCCUCUGGGAGCAUGUUACCUGAGGUCAGCCAGAAAGUCCUCCCGCAUUCCCUACUACCUGCAAAAUUUCUCUCAAAGAAAUGUUUCUUUUUUCUUUUUUUUUAAGUUUA